GGCAAAGAUGGCUAUUUGGUCUCUUGUGCUCCUUAGCUUCUCAGGAGCUCUGGCACAGACAAAUUUGAAUGGGAAAGUCUUUGUGUUCCCAAAAACCUCUGCAAACUCCUACGUGCUCCUCAGGCCCAGAUUGGUUCGUCCCUUGGAACGCCUUACCGUGUGCCUCCGGUUCUUCACUGACCUGACCCGCAGUUACUCCCUGUUCUCUGCCUCUUCGAGGCAACAUGACAAUGAGAUCCUCCUCAUGAACUUCAACAACAAAUAUCAGGUCUGUGUGGGUGGGCAGUGCAUUACCUACAGUAGGGACACCGAUGGAAGCACCAGCCACUGGGAAACAGCCUGCCUAAUGUGGAACUCGAAUACCGGCUUAGGUCAGCUCUGGCUGGGUGGGCGGCCCUUGCCUAGGAAAGGCCUUGCCAAAGGGUAUAGCAUCCCAACCGACCUGGUGGUGAUGCUUGGGCAGGAACAAGACUCCUAUGGUGGCUCUCUUGAUGCCGAGCAGUCCUUUGUGGGAGAAAUGUCCGACGUGUACAUGUGGGGCACUGUGCUGCCUCCAGACCAGCUGAGGAGUUUCAACAGAGACCCCGGCCCAACACCUCUGGUGGAUUGGAAAGCUCUGAACUUUGAAGUAAAAGGCAACGUGGUGGUGGAGCUCACCUUAUUUCUGAUCCAGCUUGUUCUGCCACCGACCAGCAUGAAGAACUUGUACCCCUUUCUGCUCAUCCUUGCCAGCCUGCUGGGGUCUCUUGCCUAUGAAGAUCUACACAACCAGGCGCUCAUUUUCCCGACGGCUUCCAACACCGCCGCUGUGGUUUUGAAUACCUCGUUUGAGCAGCCACUGACCAGCUUCACGCUGUGCCUGAGAUACAAAACGCUCCUGACCCGCGCUUUCAGCCUCUUCUCCUAUGCCACGAAGACAAGCGACAAUGAGCUCUUGCUCUUCAAGCCGAAACCCAACCAAUAUAGCCUUUACGUGGGGAGUGCAAUCGCGACCUUCAGCCUCCCGGAAAACCGGGCCUCAAAACCUGAUUGGGAGCACAUCGUUGUGAGUUGGGAGUCUGCCACCGGGUUAGUUGAGUUGUGGUUGGAUGGACAACCGAUGCCCCGAAUGGGCUUGAAGAAAGGUUACUCUAUCAAACCGGAGGGAGCCAUUGUCCUUGGGCAAGAACAGGAUUCCGUCGGAGGUGGCUUUGAUACCAACCAGUCCUUUCUCGGAGAGCUCACGGAUAUGUACAUGGUGGAUCGAGUACUGACCGCCGACGAAGUGGGCCUUGUCUGGAAUGACCGCAUGCUUUCCAACUAUAUGUUUAACUGGCGGUCACUCAAUUUUGGGAUCCAGGGUUAUGUUGUUAUUAAACCCAAUCUGUAUCCCGUCAACUGAGUCGGGGGUCUUCCUGAACGAACGAAUGCCCUUUUUUAUUUUAAUGACAUUAUUUCAUGAAAUUCCUAAUUUUUCUUCACGGCGAUUCAGUAGACGGCGGUCGUUGCGUUGAUCUCAACUCUUUCAGCCUCUUAAAGAGGUCCGUGAUAAUC